CCUGUAUGAGACUAAUAUGAAAUUUUGGCAAAAAUAUACACCUCAUAUACACCUAAUAUGAAACGCCAAUCUCAUAUUGAUAGUAUUCACGGUCCAUAUAACUUGAAUGUGCCGUAUAUGAUCGAGUCUAUAUUGGCUGGUCUCCCGCAGUGUCACUAGCCACUAGCCAAGUAUCUACCAUCAAGGUCUGCGUCUAUCAGACUAGUCAUACACCCACAGAUCCAAGGAUGUCAUUCCCUCAGUACUACAGCAUCCUCGGUGUAAAUGACAAAGCUACUAGCGAUCAGAUUCGUCAAGCUUACAAGAAAGAAUCUUUGAAGACCCACCCAGACCGACUGCCCAAAGGUCACACUCCAGCGGAGAAGAAACGUGCGACCGAGAAGUUUCAAGCGGUAGCGGAUGCCUAUUACGUCUUGUCCGAUCCGGCACGUCGGAGGGAUUAUGACAACCUCGCACGACAGAGGGGCGGAUUCGGAGGUGGUGCUUCAUCAUCCAGAACAGGAGGGUUCGGUAGCGGUGCCGGAUCAUCAUCUGGAGCAGGGGCGGGAGGAUAUCAACAACAAUCUCAAGGACCUCCCGGUGGAUUCCCCGACUUCGACUUUGCAGAGUUUAUGAACAACAUGAACAACGCCCGGAAAUCCUCACGUAAGCCUCAACAGGCGCAAGAGGAAGAGGAUGAUGAGGAAGACGAGGAAGAUUACGAGGACGAAAAGAAGCAGGGAAAGUCAUCCGGCGGGUUCUUCAACACGUUUGCUGGAAUGUUCGGGAUGGGAGGGGGCAAAGACACUCAAGCGGAUGGGAGGCCGGAUCCGAACAAGAUGUUUGGGGAUGUUUUCGAGGACAUGCUCGCACCAGAGGUUGCACACGUAAGACCGUUCUACAGUUGGAUCGGAGGUGGGGCCGGUGCAGGCCUCGGCUUCAUCGUCGCCAAUGUACCAGGAGCUGUAGCGGGUGCCGCACUCGGAAACAGAUUGGGUGCUGUGAGGGAUGCCAAGGGAAAGAGCGUGGCCGAGGUGUUUGUCACAUUGGAUCCUGGGGCUAAAGCCGAGAUCCUCAAGGUCUUGGCUAUGAAGGUGCUGGGCAGCCUUUCGUCAUGAUGGUUUGUAACCGAUACCGACUUUCAUACCCUGUCAUUUCAAUACCUUUAGUAAACCCUGUACUCGUAUCAAUGGUCUUUUGUAUCACGAGUCAGAACGUCAAUGAACGCUUCAUCUGGAGGGAAUUGCCUCAGUAUGGGACUUGCCACUGUGCUAUAUCUUUA